UUCUUCCUGAUUAUCUGUUUCUUAUUGUAAUUUUGCUUGAAAUAUUUAUUCAUAAUUCGGAAGAAUCUAUGAAGAUAAAAAAUUCAUUAAAUUGACAGUGAUUAUAUUGGUUUAUCCGUUUACAUUAGAUAAAGCUCUUUGGUUCUUCAGCUGUCUUUGACUCUAUUGCAUGGUUUUAGUCCAACCCGCCCAUAAAUUUUGGGAUCCGAAAUUACUGUUGCCAAUGAUUGAACUUCCACGCUCUUUGCUUUGUUUUAAUUAUUUUUUUCUCUUUUCAACUCAUUAUUUUGUCCUUUAUUUCAAGACAUCCAUCAUUGAAAUCAUUAAAUUCUGAUUAUUUUAACAUCAAUGUUCAAUAGAUAAGUAUCGAUUCCUGGAUCCGAUCCCUCAUCUGGCCAUUCAGGUUUCACUUAUUUCAUCGCCUUCGCAUCAUCACUGAAUCAAUUUUUAAUCGUAUCUUGUUAUGAGAAAUAAUCAUAUAUGGUAAUUCACAUGAUUAUUUCUCUUCAAAGACAAUGGAUGACACAGUUUCACCAUCGUCAAUGAUUUUUGAAGCAACUCGUUAUGGUGAAUUGGAUAAAGUGAAAGAAUUGGUUGAACAAGGCUUUGAUGUUAAUGAAAGGGACAAUGAAGAUGUUACUCUCCUCCAUUGGGCUGCUAUCAAUAAUCGAAUCGAGAUUGUCAAGUUUCUCAUCAUUAAAGGGGCGAUCAUUGAUGCUAUCGGUGGUGAAACCAAGUCCACACCACUUCAUUGGGCAACCAGUAUGGGACAUCUCAAAAUGGUUGUGUUAUUGAUGAAAAAUGGAGCUGAUCCGACAAUUAUGAGUGCAGAGGGUUAUAAUUGUCUUCAUCUCGCUGCUCAAUUCGGUAAAACUGGUAUUGUUGCCUACCUGCUUGCCAAAGGUGUCGACAUCAAUGUACCAGAUGCAUAUUUUGGACGAACUGCACUUAUGUGGGCAGCCUUUCGAACCACUACACAAGAUCCUGUUCGGUUGCUAAUAAACCUUGGAGCUAGUCUCAAUUUAUGUGAUAACAAAGAGAAUAAUACUGCUCUGCACUUCGCAAUUUACUCAAGAAACACCAAUGCUGUCUCCAAUCUGCUUAAUGCCGGAGCCAAUGUUUUUAUACAAAACGUACAUGGUGAUACUCCUCAAGAGAUGGCUAGACGUUUGAAUGUUACUUGGUUAGCUAAGAGAAUUGAAGAGUCUGCAGAAGAAAAGAAACUGCCUUCCAAACCCUGGUAUAUAAGAUUGUAUAAAGAUAAGAAAAUUUCAAACUACGCUUUAAGUAGUGUACCUUUUUUAGUUUAUUUUACUCUGGGAGCUGUUCUAAACUCAGAAUUAACUUAUUUUUGGAAAUCUAUAAUCUGGUCUGUUAUGGUUCUUGUCACAUGUAAAAUAAGUCAUCAUGAUGAUGUUUGCCAUUUUUGGCCCAUUUCAAUAUAUCUUGCUACAAAAUUUUGGCUUUAUGUUACUAUUGUUUUUUGGUUAAUAUUUUAUAUGCCUUCUUGGUUACUAAUAACAUGUUUGGGCUUCUCUACUUUACUAGUUUAUAGCUUUUAUAAAACAUGGAAAAGUAAUCCCGGUAUUAUAUUAAGUAACCGAGAAGAAAAAUUUAGAACAAUCAUUGAAUUAGCCGAGAAAAGUGAUUUUGACGCGGCUUGGUAUUGCUAUACCUGUCUUGUAAGAAGACCUUUACGGUCCAAACAUUGCACUUUUUGUAAUGUUUGUGUGGCAAAAUUUGAUCAUCAUUGUCCAUGGGUCAGAAAUUGUGUCGGAGCUGAUAAUCAUAAAUAUUUUGUGUGGUAUUUAACCUCAGUAGUUGCUAUGUGUUCCAUAUACAUCUAUACAUCAUUCCUCUUUUGGGAAUCUAAUAUUGAUCCAGAUAUUUCCGGAUUUUCUUACGUCGGAGAAGCCCUCAGAACUAAUGGCUGGGUAACUCUUGGCUUUUUUCUAUCUGUCCUUCAUUUCAUCUGGGUUUCUAGUCUAUUAGUUUGUCAAUUGUAUCAACUAUGCAUAUUGGGAAUGACCACCAAUGAAAGAAUGAAAUGUCAUAGGUAUCAUUAUUUCAUCAAAAGUCCACAAGGAGAUCCAAUCAGUCCUUUCCAUUAUGGUAUUCUUCGCAAUCUAUUUGAGUUCUGUGAUUGGCAUUGUAUCAAAUCAUUUCGUACACCAAAAUAUGACUGGAAAAGUAUUUACGAUCUUGACGACCUGAAAGAAAUUAAAUUGGUCUAAUCGAGUCAUCAAUUAUUUAUACUAUACACUAAACUUAGAAAUUUUUGAAACUCCAAAAAUUUAAAGGUUCACAUUACCUCCAUUUUAUUUACUUUACUCUAAACCUAAUCAUGAGUCCUGAUGCAAGGAAUAAUGACGAGUAAAGUGUUAACCUAAUCGUGCAACAAACCAUUCUUAUGAACUGAGAAAAUUAAGGAAAUUUGAUCUCAUUUUUUUCAUUUAUUAUUAAAAUUAUUUUUCAUUGUUUUUGCAUCUCCAUGCUAUGGACAAAGUUUGUUGAUUUUCUGAUGAUUAAACAUCACUUAAUAUUAAA